AUCAUGCCCAUGCAACAAAAAGCAAGAAGCGAUUGACUCCUGCAGAAAAAGCAAUUUUAAGGUAUGGUGCCUCAAGAAUUAUAGACCUUUCAUCCCACAUGAAUAAAUGGUUCACUUUAGAAGAAAGCAAAUUUAUGGUAAAAGACUACGAAUGGAUGUUAAAGAUUCCAGAAUUAUCAAAUGAAAGCAAUAAAUUCAUAAGUAAAGUUGAAGAGAUGAUAAAAGCUGGCAACGAAACUCAAGCAUAUAAAUAUUGCUUAAAAGAACAUAUGGAUUCACAAUCAUAUAGCUGUUUAUAUAAAAUCACUAAGAUCUAUUCUGACUUUUUAUAUGAGACAUUGGAUGGUAAUAAUAUGCUAGGUAAAGAUUAUACAGAAUGUGACAUUAUUAUCAAAACUUUUUCUUAUGUGAUAAAGGCACUAGAAAAGAAGCAACCAAUUAAUCAGAAAUGGGGCGAAUCUUUCUGCCCUACAAGUAUAUCAUCCAAACAUACUAAAGGUCGUAGAUGUGAUGUUAGGUUUAUAUCUCCUUCAGGUACAGAUCUUGGUGAGUGGGAAUUCGCGGUAUAUUCUUUUCCAACAAAAGUUAUUUCAGAUCAUUGCAAAUCAGCAAGAAUAAACCAGACAAUACUUAAUGGAUUACUUAGUUUAAAUUUAAAUGAUCAACAGGCCAACAAAAUUAGAAUUCCAUUUAUCCAGGUUGCUGGGACUGAUGGUCAAAUGUUGCUAGAAUUAUUAGUUCACAAGUUUUAUCUUUUAAUUCCUGGGCCAAAGUUUCAAAUUCCUGUUAAUCUUAUUGAAAUUGCUAAAUUAAAACAACUGAUUAAAGUAGUGCAACAUGUGUUGAAUGUGUAUAGUGAAAUGAGUAAAUUAAUCAACGAACUUGAAGUAACAUAUCACAAGUUUAAUCACAUUUUUGACUCAUAUCAGCUUAUAGUUCCAACACAUUGCAAGAUUAAUCAAUUACAUGAGCCCUGGUGGACAUAG